GGCGGUCUCUUCUCCAGCCCUGCCAGAGCCAAUCCGCUGACUGGGUGUAAGUAGGGCAAGCCGCUUCCUGGUUCUCAGAAAGAAGGAGCUGUGGGAGUCGGAGUGGGCCAGCCUGAGGAGGAGGCAGCAGCACACACAGGGGGGUCAGAGGAGAGACCGGAGAGCCGGAGGUCUGCAGACACACAACCAGAGGACCCGAGAGGAAAAGACGCACCAGAGAAAAAGACGCACGAGAAAGACGCACCAAUUUGGCGAUGAUAAAAACCUCCUGGGUGUCGAGCUGAGAGGAAGAAAAGACAACACUUUGGGAGGAUAAAAGAAGAAGAAGAAGUAGGGUGGGACGGAAUAAUAAUCCAGGAAGUGUGUCGGUCAGGUGGGAGGCGACGCGUCUGAACAGGUGACACACACAGGUGUAUGACCUCUGCUGACCUCCGAGCAAAGGACCAAAGAGGAGGGGGACAAGGGAUAGGCAGAAGACCGCAGGCCCCCAUCUUCUCCUGGGUUUAUGGACCGGAGGUGGCGAUGUCUCCAGGAGAGGACGGUCUGAUUGGGAUCCCCUUCCCGGAGCACAGCAACGAGCUCUUGUCCCACCUAAAUGACCAGAGGAGGACGGGUCUCCUGUGUGACCUCACUCUGACGUCCCGCGGUGCACGCUACCCAACUCACCGCUCCGUAAUGGCUGCCGUCAGCCUCUACUUCCGCGGGCUGUUCGGGGAGGGGGAGGGGGGCGGCGAGGGCAGAGGAGGAAGCUACAGCGUGUGCCAGCUGGACUGCGUGGCACCCGACGCCCUGGACGCCCUGCUGGAGUUCGCCUACACCGCCACCCUGACCAUCCCCAGCUCUGGGAUGAGAGACGUGCUCCGAGGGGCUCAGCUUCUGGGCAUCCAGUGCGUGGCGGACGCGUGCAGAGACAUCCUGGGGGAGAAAGUGGAGGGGGAGGCGGCGGAGGAGCAGAGAGCCCAGCACACAGCUGCUGAGAGGAUGACGGAGGGAGAGAGGGGGGUGGAGAGAAGCUCCCGAAGAAAAAUGGACAAAAAGAAGAUGAAAAAAAUUGGGUUGCAUCACAUCAACUCUUCUGUUUUGAAUCCGCCGCCUGCUUCUCCCGUCUCGCACCCUUCACCUGCGUCCGACAGCUUCCGCUCCCUGCCGUUAACCCAGCCUCCCAGCCCCGAACAGGAGGAGCCUCGCUUCAAAUCCAGGCAGAACGGAGAUCCCAGGGCGAUCAGAAAGCCGGGGAGAGAAGCCACACUAAACGGAGGGCCCCCUCACUGGCUGCAUGAGCGCCCCCAUAUAGCCCACGCACCUCCUGCCCCGCCCCUGAACGACAAGCUGUCGGAGGACGACGACAUGGAGGGUUUUGGCGACGAUGGUAUGCUGAUGGAAAGCCCCUCCAUACCUCCCUCUGUAGCUGAUCAAGGAGCAGCGGCGUCAGCGGUGGGAGGCGGGAGGAAGAGGAAGUCUCAGACGCCCCAGCAGUGCCCUGUUUGUCAGAAGAUCAUCCACGGAGCGGGAAAACUGCCCCGACACAUGAGGACACACACUGGAGAGAAGCCCUUCCAGUGCUCCGCCUGCGGAGUCCGUUUCACCCGGAAUGAUAAAUUGAAGAUCCACAUGAGGAAACACACGGGCGAGCGUCCGUACCCCUGCCCACACUGCACCGCCCGGUUUCUCCACUCAUAUGACCUCAAAAACCACCUGUCCCUCCACAGCGGGGCGAGGCCCUUCGAGUGCCCGCUCUGCCACAAGGCCUUUGCCCGAGAGGACCACCUCCAGCGUCACCGCAAGGGACACAGCUGCCUGGAGCUGCGCACACGCCGGCCCAGACGUGGGGCCGAGCUCGGGGAGGAUGGGACAGAGGAAGGAGGCGUUAGGGAGCAGUCCAACCCUCUGGAGGCGCUGUCUUCUUUACAGGCCCACUCCUCCCUCCCAUUCCUCCCUCGCACGUUGCUGGAUGGCGGGAGUGGAUCCGGCCUCGUCCCCCCGCUGAUGUUUCCAGGCGACGUCGAGAGGGAGAGGGAGCGGUCUCUCGCCUUUCAGGCUUUGGCUCAACUUGGGCCUCGCAGGCUGGCCAGCUACCCCGAGCUCUUCCUGCGAGGUCUGGAGCUGCGAGCGGGCAGAGAGGCGGAAGGAGAAGAUCCAGGAGGAACCCGCUCGCCGGUUGUGCAGCGUGACCGAUGGGCUGACGAAGUUGAAGAGGAAAUUGGAGAAGAGGAAGCGGAGGAAGAGGAAUAGUGAAAAGAGGGUGUGUGUGUGUGCGUGUCUGUGUGGUAAAGCAUCCACAGUAAAAAAAAAUCUCACUCAGGUGGCUGGACUAAUGACCUGCUGCUCCCAUAUAGAGAGCGCUUAAAAAAUUACAACAACUAAACGAUAUUAAAAGAAAAAAAAUGGAAAACGGGUUUUCUUAGAUGUUUUAAAUGUUUGUCUUCUGGCUCUUGGCAUUUUGAUUUCAAUUGUCUUUUAGAUUUUAUUUCUCGUUUGCUAUUUUAUUUUUAUGUAUUUCAGUUUCGAGCUGUUUCUAGCUGGACAUGCGUGUGUUGAGUGUGUGGUAACUGGGACGCUUUUCUCUAUGCAAACUAGAAUCCAGCGCUGCGACAUGAAGGGAUAUUUGAAGAUGUUUAUUUUAGUUACAACAUAAUUGUGUUGAUUCAGGUGCAAUUCAGAAGUCAUAUCACCUAGAUCACAAGAAUGAGUUUGUGUGUCCUCUGAUGGUCAUCAGUGGAAAUGCAGUUAAUCAAACUCGUUUUGUACAUUGUAAGCAAUAAUGUUCGUUGUGUCUUUUCUUGUUAACGGUAGAAUCUCUGCUUUGAUUUGGUGCUUAAACCAAAGAUGUUUAGUUGAACUGUUUUCUUAAAUCCUAAGUUAACAGGAGAGGAGAGAGGUGAAUUGUAGCCAAUGUUGGGUUCGAAGAGGAGACUCUUUUCCCAACUGUUUUGAUAGCCAUGAGAGAGAAUCUGCUUCCAUGUUUGAGUGUUUCAGAGCGGCAGAGCUCUGUGUUAAAUGCCUGACCAAAUGAGACAAAGUCUGGGUCAACGAGUUGAUUAUGUUGAAGACAAUUCCUCUUUUCCCAAAAGGCUGUGGAUUUCAGUCUUCCAAUGCACUCAUUUAGGUUUGAAAACAAAAAAAUAUAAAAAGGGGCUAAAAGCUGAGGGGAUGAAUGAGAUGGCGUUCCCCUUUAUUUUCCUGUACUUAUUUAUUUAUUGUUAUUUAUUAUGGUUCUUCUGCUGAAACUGUUUUGUGAGACCAAAUCCAGGGUUGGGACACACAUCACAAAGUCUUACUAGAAGCUGCAUUGCGCUAAAAGAUUUUGACUCAACUUCUUCGUGCAACUUAACGCCUUUUUUUAACGGGCUGCGUGUCUUCUUUUGGCGAUUCUUCCUCGAAUGCAUUCUUUGCACAUUUAACCCCGUCAGGUAUACUGCAAUAAUACAGGCACAUUCCAGCCUCCGGGGUUGAGAGAAGGGAACAGAGCAGAGAAGAAGUCAGGGGAGGUUAAAACCUUCGAUGCAACUGGAACACAAAAUGACAUUUUCAGCACGCUUUUUCUGAUGUUAAUUUAACAUGUAUAGUACUGUAUCACAUGUUAACAUUCUUCUAGAUCGGCCACCGCUGUGUCUAAAGGGGCCAUUAUCCUUUUGAGUUAAUCUAUCCUCGACCAAAAACCUUUUUUUAGUGUCAUCGUGCUUUCCCUGGACCAGUACAUAAAGGCCUUUUGCAGGGUGUAAUGCAAUCAUUAAUGGCUUUAAACAACGGCAAGUUGUCUUUUUUUAUUUCCAAUUCUCUUGAAACCCCCAUGGAGUCAGAUCCUGCUGUAGCAGUCUCGCUGGUCUGGCCUUGUGUGCACUAUCUGCUUUUUAUUUCCAGUUUAUUUGCACUAUGAGAUUUGAGAGCUUCAAGCCUUUUUGUCUGACCUUCGAUAUCUAGUCCAUUAACUCUCUCCAUACUAUGUAAGAUUGUGAUUGAAAUACUUCUUUAAAACCAUUGUUCCUCCUGCAUAAUAGUACAGAGCUAUAGUCAAUAUAAUAUAUAUUGGGAUGAAGUUGCCUUAGUUUUUUUUGUGCUGCAACUACUCUCAGGAAAUCUUGAGCAAUGCACUAAGUGAUUAUACAAAAUAUAAAAUGGGAAGAAGUUGUUUGGUGCUGUAGGGUGACACUCUUCAUGGAAGUGUAAGGCCAGUAGUUUCAAAAUAAGAGCUUUUGUAUCAUUUGAUGGUUGAAAACCAAAUUAAUUAAACUUAUUGUGGGAUAUAAAUAGGGAGGCAUGCCAGUAAACUACUGGCCUUACUGGAACCAGUCCUACUGGAAUGGCAGUAUGGCAGUUGGUCCUGUUCAUGAAGGGUGUUGGUGCUCCCGGUCGGAGCUUCGUGAAUGAAUGAGGGUUAACUGAUGCCAGCUGUGAAGUGUGUGUUUCUAUGUGAGCUGUUUGUUUUCUUGGCUUCGGUGAAGGGACAUGGGGUCCGGUCUGUGUCGAGACCCCGCUAUCAGGGAUACAUUUUUGUCUUUCAGUUUUUAGUGGAACCUUCUCAGAGAUAUGAAUUCAUUUUCCCAUCAUUUGUUUCAGAUAAUGUAAAGAAAAAUAAAUAAACAUAUCUAAGCUUGA